UCUGUCCCACGCAGGGUCCCUGCCCCCAUCGCCAUGGAGGAGCGGAGGAGGAAGCGCAGCCCCCGGCCCUGCCUGGCCCAGCCGCUGCCCCCCAGCAGGAGCACGUCCUUGGCGCUGCCGCUGCCCGCCCUGCCCUCGCCCCGCCAGCGCGCCCGGCUCAGGCGGACGAGCAAGGAGCGGGUGCGCGGCACGGUGGUGGCGCGGGGGGCCCCGCUGCAGCACAGCUUCCUCACCGACGUGUCCGACGUGUGCGAGAUGGAGGGGGGGCUGCUCAGCCUCCUCAGCGACUUCCACUCGGGAAAGCUGCAGGCCUUUGGGAAGGAGUGCUCCUUCCAGCAGCUCGAGCACGUGCGGGAGAUGCAGGAGAAGCUGGCACGGCUCCACUUCGGCCUCGAUGGCUGCGUGGAGGAGCUCCCUGAGGAGCAGAAGAAGGCGGCGGCCGACCGGAACCUGGACCAGUUGCUGGCGCACCUGGAGGAGCUCAGCAGCUCCAUCCAGAAGCUGCACCUGGCCGAGAGCUCCGACCCCGAGGACUCCGCGGCCUGACCCCGCGCCCGGCCCGGCCCCCGGAGACCCCG